GAGCUCUCUGCUGACCCAAAAUUCAUAAGCGAUGGAGUAAGCCGUUUCGAUGUAGAACAGGGGGAGCUUGGUGAUUGCUGGCUUCUCGCAGCAGUCGCAAACCUUUCUCUGUACCCAGACCUGUUGGAACAGGUGGUGCCACACGACCAGACUUUCGAUAACGAAUAUUGUGGCCUUUUCCGUUUCCAUUUUUGGCAUUUUGGCGAAUGGGUUGAAGUUGUUAUAGAUGAUCGCCUGCCUACGCGAAACAACCGACUCGUCUUCCUGCACUCGCAUGACAAAAAUGAAUACUGGUCUGCACUGUUAGAAAAAGCAUACGCUAAACUCUUUGGCUCUUAUGAGGCCCUUAAGGGCGGCAGCACGGUAGAGGCGUUGGAAGACUUCACUGGUGGUCUGGCUGAAUUCUACGACCUACGCGGAAAGCAGCCGGCUGAUCUCGAGCAAAUCUUGCAUCACUGCUAUACCAGAAAGUCUCUGAUGGCCUGUUCCAUAAACGCCGAUCCAAAUGUUGUCGAAGCGCGCCAAAGCAACGGCCUCAUUCGUGGUCAUGCUUAUUCAAUCACAAAAAUUGCAGACGUAUGUUUUACAGUACAUUAUUUAAAGCCAUCUCCAAAGUUUUGUGAUUUUCGCUCUUGCUUAACAUCACACGAUACCAAUGGUAGGUUUAACAAGGUAGUAUCCAAACAUCGCGUUUCUCUUUACAUUACUAAAGCAGUAAGAUGUAUUAGGUAA